CGAUGUUUAUGUGCGACAACGCGACGCAAAUAACACAGUUUAUCUUUAUAUCGUGUUCUUUUUCCUUUUUCGCGAGCCAGUGAUCAAAUAUUUUGAUUAGGAAUGACGUGUCAAUUGGUGGGGCAAAAUUUAAAUUUAAAAUGUAAAGUAGCAUUUCUGCAAAUGGGCUAAGAAUUCUUUGUAUUUCUCGAGCAUAGAAGCGAAAGUAGUGGAGCAACGUGUGCGGAAUACGCGUAGAAAGUACGACGUUUGUCGAGAAGAAAGUGUCAUCGUCGAGUGUCGUUAAAUGGCCAGGGAGUUUGAAACACGAGAACAGGCGAUUUAAUAGGCGGAGGUAAGAGUGGAAGAGAAACGACCGAAAGAGAGGAUCGAGCAUAGGUCAAAGGGGGAAUGAUAAUCAAGGAUACAGGUGUUAGAUCGAGUGACCUGACAGACGACGGUGAAUCGCUCAGUGUUCUCCAAAGGGCGAGGAAGUAUCGACAGAUUAAUCGUCGCGUUUUACGACAACGGAUGUCGGAAUGACGCGUCGAUCAAACCGUGGCAGGGCAGAGGGCGUAAGGACUUCGUUAAACGGGGAAAAGUGAUACACGUCGUGGUUGUGCCGGACAAGGCGGAGAAGAGUUCGAUAGACAAGGGAGAAACGAAAGGAAGAAGCGUUGGUGAAUUGUUGGAUCUUUUACACUUAAGAAGUAAUCGCGGGCUCAUUGUCUCAGCAUCCUCCAACAACGACGGAUAAUUCGCGAUGUCGUUACUAUGAGAUCCAUAGACUCGAAACUUCCUUAUACCUGACAGUUUUUUUCACGAAAUCAUUCGAUCACGUGUUGUUCGUAAAGAAGGCUGAAGCGAUUUCGAUAAAACGGUGGAAGAAGUAGCGAAGAACUUGAUUCUGCCAGACAGAUCCGCAAGGACGUGCCACGAACGAGGUCAAGGUUAAUCGAGCGGAAGAAAGAGAGAGAAGAACGGUGAUCGUUUAACCUCGAGAAAAGAUCAUUCUCGUGUGGUUUGAGAGAAAAAGGACGGUAGCAGAGGAAGCAGCUGUUCGUCUGUGCGGAAGAACGGCACAGGGUUGAUAAGAAUAGAGGGGUGCGUGGUGAAACGCGACGAGAGGGUGAAGUGAAGGUGUCCCCGUGGGGUGCCAGAGUGAGCACGAUAGCACCUCUGGUACCCUCGGCCGUGGGUCCCGAGGGGACGGACGCCAUGGCGGCCUCUUCGUCCUCGUCGAGCGGCGAGCAACAGUACUCACUCAGGUGGAACGAUUUCCACUCGAGCAUCCUCAGCUCAUUUCGUCAUCUCAGGGAUGAGGAGGAUUUCGUGGAUGUGACCCUGGCAUGCGACAGUAGCAGCUUCACCGCGCACAAGGUCGUCCUCUCUGCGUGCAGCCCUUACUUCCGCAGGCUUCUCAAGGCGAAUCCAUGCCAGCACCCGAUCGUGAUCCUGAGGGACGUUGCCUCGUCUGACAUGGAGUCGUUGCUGCGUUUCAUGUACCACGGCGAGGUUCACGUGGGUCAAGAGCAGCUGGCCGCGUUCCUGAAGACGGCGCAGAUGCUGCAGGUUCGAGGAUUAGCUGACGUGAACAGCGGAGCUGCCACGGCCAAGAUUCCGCCACCGCCAUCGUCGGCUGGCAAUAAUGGUAGCGCACCGGCGACGCCGCGCAAUCCUUGGCAAGACAACGGCAGAGGAGACUUAAACGAGGGUGGUUUGAGCCCACCACCGGAGAAGAGACCCAGAAGUUACAGUCCACCCCUGGGCAAUCAUGUCGAACAAAAGUCGUCAGACCUCCAGGAGUCGCUGUUGGGCCAGGCUCUGGAAGGAGGACCCACGAUACACACAGCCUCCACCAACAAUGUACAGGCACAGUCUACCGGCGAGGAUUCGAAUUCGAUGUCGGACAACGAGGAGGAAAUGUCAAACAACGAUAGUAUCCUGAAUUCUGUGAAAACCGAACCAAGCGACAUCCCGAAUGACUCUAUGGAGCAUCAUCGUAACUCGUUUACUUCGACUUUUUUGGGAAUACCAGGACUGAUACCAGGCCCGUCCGGGAUCCAUGCGGCGAAUCAGGAUCCGAAUUUCGGCCGACGCAGUUUGGACAUGCUUCGGGUACGCGCGACAGAUCCACGGCCCUGCCCGAAGUGCGGCAAGAUCUAUCGAUCUGCCCACACGUUGCGCACCCAUCUGGAAGAUAAGCACACGAUCUGUCCGGGAUAUCGUUGCGUGUUGUGCGGAACCGUGGCGAAAUCGAGGAACUCCUUGCACUCCCACAUGUCCCGACAGCAUCGUGGCAUCAGUACCAAGGAUCUACCGGUGCUACCGAUGCCCAGUCCGUUCGAUCCCGAUUUGGCGUCGCGUCUGUUGGCCAAGGCGGGUGUCAAGGUGAGUCCCGCGGAGUUGCGAGCUCGUGCCAGUCCCACGGGACCGAGGCGAGGGGACAUGAGACUGGAGAUACCGCGCGGAGGCGCGCCGUCCGAAGCAGGGAGCAGCGUGUGCGGGGGUGACGAUCCUGAGGAUCUCACGUUACCUCUGAGCCUCAGGUAUGGAUCACCCACGCCCAACAACAACACUGUGAUCACCAAAGUGAGCGGUAGUAACAGUAGCAGCAGCGCCAAGAACUCUACCGCAACCGCGAUAGCGGCUAAGUCUUUGGACACGAUGCACGGUAGUCGCGAACCGAAUACGGCGCCUCUUCAUCCACCCGGACACCUACAUCCCGGUCACCAUAAUGCCAGCGCGACGGGAUCGGCGAUUCUAGACACUUACCUCCAGUUUAUCGCGGAGAAUUCGGGACUGACGACGAUGGGACUCAGUCCGGAACAAGCCGCCGCGGUCGCAGCUGCUCACGCGGCCAAAAUGGCACACAUGAGCGCGAUGGAUAAGCUUGGUGGACGCGGGAUCGAGGAUUAUCCGAUGAUCGGACGAGACGAAGGUCGGGGACCCGGGGUUGUGCACGAGGAUCGUCAGGAUCUGUUGCAGGACAGGCACGGUGUACUGAUGGAGGAGGGCGAGUCAUCCGGCGGCGAGGAGGACGAUUUCAGCGACAACGAGGAGCCGGAGAUCGUGAAAGCUGAAUAGACGGACGCGCUCGCCGGGAACUUGUGAACCCGAAGAGUUCGUGACACGUGACCCGAUUAGAAGAAGUGCUUCGAGACGUGGCCCGGUUCCUGUCGAUCCGGGCGUAGUCUCUGUUCACAGUCAAAUCCAUCCACUACCUCAGUAGAGACUUACUCCUGUUUUCUUUUGUCGCGAGAGAUACAGUUUUCCAAAGAAGAAUGAAGACGACGAUACGAGUUGUACGGUACGUUUGGUCGCGUCCCGACCGAUUUGGGGAUUCAAGCCAAUGGUGGAUUCACUUUUAGUCCAAAAGAAAUCUACAUUGCACCCGACUACACACUCUACACGACAUACACACAUCCACACGCGUGUACACAUAUUUUACCCUCCCCCGUUAUAAUAUUCCAUCUGUCUACCUCAAGUGAACAACACGAUGAAACGAUAUAGUGAAUAAUUACGAUAAACGAAUCUCAUUGACGUUUUUUACCAAUUUUCUCACGAGCCUCGAACGAGAGAAAGAGAACAGAAUCGAGAAGCCAGGUAACGCCAGGGCAACUGUUUAUUCUUUUUAUUUUCUAAAGGUUUAAAGAGAAAACGGCGAGCAUCGCGAACACGCGACUCCCGAGAAGAUAUUAUUAUUAUAUUAUAUUAUUAUUAUUAUUAUUAUAUUAUUAUUAUUAUAUAUGAAUGUUGAGGACAAAUAUAUAUUAUCUAGAUUUAUAGAGAAGUUAGUGUACCACGACACGUACGUACACGAAUACACAGGAUGAGAGAGAGAGAAACCACACGCAUUAUAUUUAACGAGUAGAACGGAUACGUGUAGCGCUAGGGUUAGCACAUCCCUUAAUUAUAUUUUUUAGACGCGUGCACUUUGGAAAUACACGGCAGUUACAUACACGAACAGACGCAAACAUUUAUACACAAACGGAGAACACAGGAAUAGGAAUAUUAGAGAAGAGCAGAAGACACGUGUCUUCGAUUGAUGAUCGUCACGAUCAUCGAGAUUGUUAAUUGUCUACUCGUUUUAUCGUAGGUGAAAGAGGCGGGAACGAUGUCAGUGUAAUUCAUCCGUCGAUUGGCGAACGAGGGAUCUUUCGAGCGAUUCGUGAAAAUGUUUAGCGAUCAAAGUGAACGCGACAAAUGCCGUUUCUGAAUCGCAUGAAUUAUUUAUCGCAUGCUAAUCGACACGAUAAUUCUCCUGGUAUUUGAAAACAAAGCAGGCGAAAUAGCGCGCGAACUUGGAAAAAUGCCUCGACCCUCUUGUCGUACCCUUUCGUCGUUCCACGGUCCGCGUGAUCUUUUUUCUACUUAAUCGGCCUCGAAAUACACUCAAGGGCUUGCCAUGACUCUCUAGUACUUAAGUUUUCAACUUUGACGUUGCUUUUUCAUUCUUCGAGACGAUUAUUUACACCGCGGACGAAAUCUUCUUACUUGCUCCUGCAUCGUAUACUUACGACUCGGGACAAAUAAAAGAUCCAGCGAGAGGGAACGAUACGGCGUCGCGAUAAAACGAGAAUCACCCAGCAUCUUUUUAUUUUCGUUCGUUCCCUUUGGAACAUCCAUCGAAUUUUUCCUUCCGCAUUCUUGAACGUGUCAUUAGACCCUGACUCAUCUCUCGAUCAACGAUCUCCCUCCACUUUGCGUUAUUUAUAAAUCGUUAAUGUUUGUUUUCACGCGUGAAUCCUCGGCCGUGAUUCUCGUUCUUCGGUGACAAUGGAAAGAAAAAAAAUCGAGGCAAGUGUUUCUUUUUUAGUGGAAAUAACGAUUCGAAUCAUCGCGCGCGAUUUCGCGUCCAGGCUCGAGUGUAAUCUUAAAAUGGUUCCUACUAAUGAAUAUUCAUACACGAGCUACUUUGAUUUACGAUAUACCUUGAUAUAGAUAUAUAUAUAUAUAGAACAUGUAUGUGUGUAUAAAUAAAUAUAUACACGCAUACAGGUAUACCUAAUUUAGAUACGCCUAGAGAAAAGAGAACUUAGCAAUACGGUAGUUACGCAGCGUGGUUUGAACGAAGAUAAUUUCUUCCGUUUCGUAUUCUUCAUUAUUAUUAUCGACAUUAUUAUUAUUCUUUUGGUUUUUACGAGUGUGCGUGUAAGGCAGAGAGUGACAGCGAGCAAAUGAGAGAGAAUCGAUUAAAUGGCUGACGACUUAACGAUUGAGAAAUCUUAACGAUAAACCACUCUGCAGGUGUUAGAGACUAUCUCGUCUAGAUUAGUAGGUUGUACACAAUACUCGGAGUAUACUAACCCCCAUUCUUUUUUUCUCUAGCCUGUAAGAGAAUUUUACUCGAUGGAAAAAGAAAAUAACAGACAGGGACUCUCAUUGUCAGUGAUUUUGCUGAUCACUGACACACGCGGUAUAUAUCAUUCGCAGGCAUGCUUCAUAUAUCUCGUGCGAGACGAUACGUCCGAAAUAAAGUUCAGCAAAUCAAAAAAAAAAAAUAAAAAAAAAUAAAAUAAAAUCGACCGUGGAUCGCGUGCGGACCGAGGGAAAAUUUUGUUCGGCGACGGAAAACUCACCCCCUUGCUUUAGCUACUUAAAAUAAUUUCUAUCGACGGCAAACGAUAAUUUCUUUGAGACAAUAAAAUUGUACGAACGUAUUAGAAACAUUAGAAAUACGUUGUAUGAUCGGAAUUAUCGGAUCGAUGGGGUGAGUUCGUCGGCUGAUUCGCGAGCUUUUCCGAAUUUUUUUAAAACUUUAUAUCGUAUGUACAUAUGAAAGGGUAAUUGUAUACGAUUGGAACACUUGUAUACGAAUCGUCGUGAAAAUCACGGGACAAGCUCGGGCUUGGUGAUUUUUGGACGCUUGUUAUCGACGAAAUUUUGAAGAUCGUAUCUCGCAUUUCGCCGCGGAUCCACGAGCUCGUUUUAGGGAAGAGAAUAAUCGAUCGUGACGCGAAUCCGGAUCUAAUCGGUACAAAGAAACCACUUCUUGCCUUGAAAAAAAGCUCUCUAUAAAUGUUAUACGGAUCGGGUAAUCGUGUCGCGAGACAGAAGUUGGAAAGGAACAAAUGGAAAAUCGGAGAAAGAGCAAAAUUUUCAUAGAGUACAAAUUUAUCCACGGUGUUCGAAGGUGAAUCUUGAAAGAAUAAACACCGAUCGAAGGAGGAAGCUUAAAGAAGAAAAAAAGCACGUUUCGCGUGAAAAUCCACGUAAAUAAUUAAUUGUACUUCGAAGAAUUUUCCUUUUUUCCUUUGUCAUUUCGUUUUUCAUCUUUUCCUCGCCACGGUUAGAGUGUCUCCCACUAUAAAAUCCCAUGACGAUCAACGAUCGAGCAUGCAAAGUUGAUGGAACCCAACAGUGAUCUCGUCGAUAGACUUUCUUCGUCGUUUUUUUUUCUUUAUUUUUCUGUAUCUUUUUUUUUAACUGUACGGAUAGAAAAGCGACAGACCGUCGCAUGAUAUACAUAUGUUACACGUAUACACACGCGCACACACGUAUACAGAGACACACAAAAAAAAACACUAAUUACACGAGUUUUAAGCAAGAAUAUAUUACAUAAUUACAGGGUUGACGGGGUGCGUUCGUAUCUCCCCUCAAAGUGACAGAUUUAACCCCCUCCCCUCAGAUCAUAGUUUUCUACGACAGUAUUUAUAUAGUUAUAUAUAUAUGUAUGUAUACAAACAGAUGAAUUAUAUGUAUAUACGAGAUGUACAUAUACACGUAUUUUUACACGAACGUUUCAGCGACGGUGCCCCGUCACCCCGCGCAUAGGGGUUGCAUCCCCACGAUGAAUGAUAGUCCGUUGAACAUAGUUCGCAAUAGUCACUUGGAAUAGAAUACCACCAACUACAGUAUUGCAAUAGUUGUUAGAAUGACAAUCGUGUGCGUAGCCAUCAAACGCUCCCGUCCGAGGGCAUCGAUCGAUCACCUUUCUCCCCGGCGUCUGGCGAACAUUUCAUUUUUCAAUAAAAUUGUACCAACACUUUCGAAUGAAACGAAAAGGGUUAAGCAAGGUUAACCCGAAUAUCUCUUCGAGGAUGAAAUGAUCGCGAUUUCAGACGACUCGAAAGGGGUAGAAACGAAAGGACGGCGGAAGAACGCACGACAGAACUUGUCGACGAUAAACAGUAGUGGUGAACGCGGUUCUCGGUACAACGAUAAAAGACCGGUGUGUCGUAAAGACCGAAUCGUACGAGUGCACACUCGUGCGUGGCAUUACGGUGAUUAUAAAGGCGGAUUAACGACGCCGUAAACGCGGCAAGCCUUUCACGAAUUGUCGGGCAGGCAGCUUUCGAACGUCGGGGUGUCCUUGGGGUGAAUGCAAAUAAGCGCCCUGACCGAGGGGUGCCAGAAUGGUCUUAACUGUACGAAGAAAAUGAUCCCAGAGAUAGGACUAAAUUUCGUUUCAAUAAAAAUAAAAAUAAAAUACAAGACUGCCUAUAAUUAAAAUUUCUUUGUUUAUUUCGAAUUAAUAAUAGAAGUUCUGUCGUGCGUGAUUCUUGAAAAUCAGCAGGAUUUGGUGAAAAUUGUAUGAAGGGGAGCGUGUUGCCAUCUCAGGUACUCGAACACCGGCACGAUUAAAUAAUGCAUUAUAUAAAUGUAAUAACAAACUCAGGAAAUCUGAAGCAGCCAGGCCGUGAUACUAUACUUAUAGAAACUACUACUACUACUACUACUGCUACUACUACUACUACAGGUGUGAUUCUUGCGUUAAUCGGGCGCUCGGGUGAUUCGCGAGCCAGCGUCUAUAUUCUGUUUUGUUUCGUUUGUUUGUUUGUUUCUUGUUUGUUACGAGAUUUUACACUGGCAAGUGGCAAGGCGUGUGCACACCGUAUCCGCGUGCAUCGACGUGUGAUCGAUGAAAUUGAAUCGAGCUUUUUGUCAACAUCGAUACUCGCACAUUUUAAUUAAAAUUACUUUUAUUUUCCUCUGUCGCUCUCUUUUCGUUAACAAUUAUCAGAAUUAUAAUACCGUCACAAUAUUUUGCAGCUCGAAUUUAUUUCACGAGAAACACGUCACGAUCAUUAGGAUACGAAAAAAAAAGAGGAAAGAGAAAUAAUUGUGAAAAUCACCACAGCUACCUCCAUGUUAUUAAAUAUCAGUCUUCUUCUCGCGCUAUACUCACGCUCAUAUUUUACCGAAAGUUUUACUUUUACGACGUCGAUUCGUCCCCGUAAACCACGUCUCCGUAUCGUGUAUAUAUUAUAUACAUAAUUAUAUAUAUACACAAUGUUUAUACAUAGUCAGAAGCGCGAGAGAUAAAUAUAUAGCUUCCACGGAUUAUAUAGGUUUAAGAAUUUGCCUCCUUGCGCGGAACAGUCGAGCCUACGCGGUAAAAAACGAAGCAAAUAGAAAAGAAAUAGAAAAGCAUAUGAGAAAUCAACAAGAAAGAAUAAAUACAAUAGAGCUACCUCAGUUUAACGAAUGCAUUAUUAAAAGUUAGCGGACGAAUUGAAUUCACUGCCAAAACGCGAUCGGCCCGAGACUGUUCCGCGAGCGAAAUGUGCUGAAUUCCAAAAUCACAAUGCAAUACGUUGUACUUACAGUCGUUUUUACGCGUUGACUCGUCGAUAUAUACCGGUUAGUGAUUUUACUGCUGCAUCGAGAGAGAAGAAAUAAUCAUUUUUUUUCGCGUGAGCGUGUUUUAGUGUGAUGCAUUAUGAUGUAUACAUCGCGUGAGAGAUACUGUGAGAAUGUUAAAAAUCAGUGAGAAAAUGUGUCGAAUAAAAAGAAAAUGUUCGGAUGGCCUCCUACUAUACGCAUAUAAUUAUAUAUAUAUAUAUUAUUAUUAUUAGAAAGUGAGAAAAAAGAGAAAAAAUAUAAAAUAUACCUAUCUACGUGAUAUUUUACAGAGAACAUAAUCAGGGAUGCGUCGUAACAAUAUGCAUAUACAGGGUGGGCCACGUAAUUGUUUCAAGUCAUAACUCCGUUAUUAGAGCAUAAUGGCUGGAAGAGCACUACAUCCAUAAGUCAUUAGAUUUUUUUAAGUGCAAACAGUGCAUGUGCGAUUAAUAAUUGUAUCAUUUUUUAAAAUGAAAAUAUACGAAUGUAGUGCUCUUCGUGCCAUUUAUCUUUCUCCUUUGGCAUUUUUGGGUGAAUACGCUAAUAACGGAGUUAUGACUUGAAACAAUUACGUGGCCCACCCUGUAUAUAUAUUAUUAUUAUUAUUAUAUAAUAGAGUCUUUCUAGUGAUAGAAACCAUAAACUCCUAACUUAUUUUGUAAUUCACGUCGGAUCUGAGGAAAACACGGUCGCGUGGCGAAACAAAUAAGCGUGCAAUCACUCGACGUACGGUGUGACUCUUUAAUUUUUUAUUUUAUUUCGAAAAGAAAUUAAAAAAGAAUUGUCGCUCCCGACAAUUUAUUGAUCUAUGAUUUUUAAUAACGACCCGAACGGAGGAAACUCGAUGAAACGUUUAUUAAAGUUCGAUCUGAUGAUCUCCAAGGAACAUCGAAUUUUCUUUUUCUUCUUUUUUCUCGUUCGUUCUCGUUAAUUACUUCGGAGACGAUGCCGCGAGAAAGGCUAAUUAAUUUCACCCCGAAUCGAUCAACCACGCGAUCGUCACUAUGAAUUUUACCUUCUAACGAUACUAUUAAAGUACCAGUCAAAUCCUCAAAAAUGAUUAUAAUUUUAUCGUAGCUUCCUCUGUUUAACACGUUGCGUUUUUUCAAAAAUUGCUCGUUCGUCACACGAUGACUAAAGUGAUAAAUGUGCACGCCGUCUCAUCGACUCGCUCGUUAUAAUAUCUUCAGUCGGUGAUUAUCGUUGAUGACGAUAGCAUUGAGGAAAUUGAAAGGCGAAAUAAAUAGGCGAGUGAGCGAACGAAAAAGGAUUAUAAAGCGCGAAAGUUUAGCAUAUCUAGACGUGUUUCGAUUUCGUCAAAAAAGGAAAAAAGAGACGAUCAUCAUUUAAUGAUCCACUCAUCAGCCUCGUCAUCGAGACACACAUCUCGUUCUUUACUUUUUACGGUUAACUAUCAUUAAGGUGCUUCAAUAUUGUUACGUUUUUUUCUUUUUUUUUAUUACCGCCAUUUUAAGAUUAAUGUUAUUAUUAUCAUUAUCAUUUUCAUUAUUAUUAGCUUCGAUAGAUCGUGUUAGAGGGAUAUGUACAUCUGUCUCCUGGCAGGGAUUCGAAAUCUGUGAGACGAACUUCAUUUUUAUUUCGUGGCCAUUCUGUUAAUUGUAAUUUCAAAUGAAAGAGAAUGAUUUUUACGCUUGAAUUUUUCAUUUUUCUUUUGCUUUCGUUUGUUUUGAUGUUGAUCCGCCAACGAGACAGAGGCAAAUCUUUACUGUACGUGAACGAGCCAGUAUGUCAGAUAUUAUAUCCCGUCUUUCCUUCCCUCGAUUCUAUACUUCUCGUCUUCCUUUCUUCUUCCUUUCUUGUUUGUAAAUAUCAUAUAUAUUUAUCUAUUAAUUGUUCCCAGUCCAAGGAUCCUUUCAGUUUCCUAUCUUCUUUUUUUAAUGAUCCUUUUACUUUGUUCUUCCUUUUCUCCUCGCACGUAAAUACGUUACUACUUUAUGUUCUUUACGUUACUUUUUUUGCCAUUCUUAGCAUGUAAGCCAUCCAACUUGCCAAUACGAUUACAAUAAAUAUGUUUAGAAAGGAGAGACAUUGUAAUUGAGUUUAGUUUAUGCCCAUUUAUUUCAGUUCCUUCUGUUCUUGUUCGGUCGCGAAGUGUAAGUAUGUAUUUUUGUGGGGUGUGUUUGGUUUUGUGAUUUUCGAGGCACGGGUAAGUCUCUAACAGAAACACAACAUACACAUACGAAUUCAGUUUCUGAUAGUUAUUAUAAAAAUUCAAUAAUUUAGACAUCAACUUUUCGUAAUCAGACACGCUAUAAUUUCAGAAUACAUAUUAUCGUUUCAUUUUCCAAUUUGCUCCACUUGAUAUUUUAUGAAUUUAAUGUAAUAUCAAUAUUACAAUACUCGAAUUUCUUUUUUAAUUACUGAUUUACAUUAAAUAUGAAUGUACACAUUUUUGUAUACUUAAUUUUUAUCAGAAACUUAAAAUCACACCGUACGUCGAUUGCCCUCCACACGUAAUCAGUGAUCCACCGAACUGCAAUCAAAUGUCUCGAUCAAAGUACAAAAUUACCCGUAAACUAGACAUGUAUGCGUGGAAUCCGAAUGAUUUCGAUUCGAGAAACAAUAAAUACAAGAAAACACAGUUAUUUCAGAAAGAUCAUUCGAGAGGAUACGGAUUUUGUUACGUUUAAAAGCGAUUCACGCGUAACCGAUGAGCUCGGUAAACGUGUAGCGAAUGCGUUUUAUCGCCGUUUAUUAUUUAUCGAGGCUGGCCGUGUCGAGGAAUAAUGGAUCGGACCGGAAAUUGCCUCUAAUACGUUCGAGAGCGUGAAACCGACACAGAAUCGUACAAGCACCCGCAGUGCUUCGUUGUUUGAGAGGGACGAAGCAUAGAGUGAUAGAUAUACGCGUGUAUGUGAAGGAAAAGAAAAAGUAGUAAUAAUCUUAGCCAGAUUCUUUGCGUAACGUUCAUGUUAAUCGCGUCCAGUAUGUGUGUCCAUUCUAAUCACGAGAUCGACCGGGAGAGAGGCUUAGAGACAUGAAUUCCGAUCGUAAAAUUGGAAACACUCGUCUACGAGGAUAUAAAUUAUACUCUUGUCUUUUAUUGCGGCUCGUUUCGUCCUCGUGGUCGUUACACGAAAUACGCAGAGUGUAUUUAGGUACCGUUUGGAUCAUCCCGAAAUUCGAAAUAUCAUUAGGCGAUUGGAUAUUAUUUGCGCAUAAUUUUUUCAAAAUUUACCGCAGCGACUGCGAAUUUCCUUCUGUCACAUUCCCAAAAAAUGUCUACAAUAUCCAUCAGAUGGUAGUUUCCCUAGUAUCUCUGCGUUGAUUCUCAUGGUGGCAAUCGAUCGAACGUAAUAACGCGUCGUUUAAAGCGUCGAGAAAGGCGGAAUUUAGGGUCGAGGCGCUGAUUCGAGGAUCCGAAGCGAGUCAAAGAGAAAAGCUCCGCUUUAAUACGGAUGCGCGCGACGUUUUCAUCGAUUCGACGUCGCGUAUUUCACGAGCUAGCGUUUCCUCCUCGUGAAAACGCGUUGCCCCGCGAAGAACCUGACCAAUCUUCCCAUGAAACACCGAGUCGAUGAUCCUUCGUUUGAUCAACGAGACGUUUCCGUAACGAGCCACGCAUUUUUCACAUUUUUCGCGAUACAAAUCGGCGGAAGUCGCUGGACUUCCUCUCGCGGUCGCCCUCGAGGAUUUCGAAGAUUUCUUACGUUGCGUUGCUCGGUGCCUUCUUACGGCCUGUUUGUACGGAACCUGCAUCAUUGAUUCGUCCAUUUCACGAGGAUUUAUUAUACUAUUUAUUCUUUAGUUUUAUAGAACGUAAGUUGUUAUAAUGUUAGGUUUAAUAUUUCACAUAUUUCGUUUAAAGGAACAUUUACGCAGUUCUAAUUUAAGGUGUUUCAUUUCUUAUUACUUUGGAUGUACAUUUUUAAAAGACGAAUCUAGUACAUCAGGCGAUCACAGUUCCUAUUUUGCUCCCAGCAAAUUUUAAUAUAAGGCACUACGUAUGUAUGAGUGAAAAAAAGAAGAGAGUAUAUCUGGUUAAGGUAUGAUACGAUUAUACAAUAAAAUAAUAGAAUAUUGUACGUAUAUUGUAACGAGAAUCUACGGUAUGUUAAAAUAAACUAUAGUAUAUAUGUAUACACGUGCGAUUAACACACGAUUAAUAAUCGUAUUUUAUAACUGAAGUAUCACGAAAUGCAAAUCUUUUCCCUGUGCAAAGUUAGAUCAAGUCAUAGCAUUGAAAAAGAUCAUUUAGGGUUGUAAAUGUUACUUGAAGUUAUACGAUUGUUGAUACUCGUAAUGUCUGCUAUUCGUAGUAGUGUACGAAUUUUUCUUUUAUUUAUCUUUUUAUUCAGUAUCUUGUUCGUGUAGUUCGAUAGGUUCACAUUUGUAUAUAUGGGAAUUGUAGCAAGACUAAUAAAACUCAUGAAUCAUGUGCUAUAA